AACCACUGAAGUAUAAAGGUCUAUGGUAAGAACAGGUAAUGUAACAGGUUAUGUUAUCAAUGAGAAAGACGUUGUCAUAGUAACGGCUUUUCACAACAAGUCUAUCCUUAAGUGUUAGAACAGUGCUAUUUUGUAAACACGGUAAAAACUGCUAUUCCAGUGAGAACGAUAUGUCGUACCGUGAUCUUAGAAAUUUCAGCGAAGCCAUGCGCGUGUUAGGCUUCCCGAAGCCAAUAUCCUUGGAGAGCUUCAGGAUCCCUAACUGGGAACUGGUGGAGGAGUGUCUCCGCUGGCUGGCGGCGAGGGUCGACCCCAACGCCGUCCUGGCCGGCGGCCGGGGCAGCGUGGAGCAGCGCGUGUCCAUAGUGACGCACGCGGUGUCUCUGUUUCACUCCCGGGCGAAUCUUAAACUAAACGGCAAGAAGUUGUACGGUGCUGAUGGCUGGGCCGUGCGUGAGCUGCUGAAGGUGGCGACCUUGCUGAGAGCAGCCUUGGAGUCACCGGGCUCUGAAGACCAGUCCGAUUCAACUCCGUUGUCUUAUGACAUCAGUAAUAGGUUGGGGGAAAUAAAACAAGCUCGUGCUUUAGCUACGGAAAUUACCGCUCAAGGCGCUUUCCUAUACGACUUACUGACUAAGGAACCUGAGAAUAAGGAGUCCCGAGAGCAGGCCCUGUCCCGUCCUUUAGACAUGUCGGCCAUGGAGUCGUGUCUCCGGCGCGCCCUGGACACGGUGGCGUCCCGGGUGAGCUCUGCCCGGGAGCAGUGCGGCGGCGUGGCGGCCAGCGAAGCCGCCCUGGACGCCAAGCUGGAGAGACGCCGCGCGGAGCUGCAGCGAGCCGAGAAAAGACUACACACAGUGCAGAAGAUUAAACCGGCGUACCAGGGCGAACUUUCAGCGCUGGAAACCGAACUAGGGCAGCUCUGGGACGACUACGUCCUGAAGUAUCGCUGCGUUGAAGCUUUGAAGCAUCAACUGAGCUUACUCGAGAGCGCUCAGGCUGAGGCGGCUGAAGAGCAGCAGACCGCCAUCAUGCAGCUCAUCCACAAAUAUGAGGCAGAAGACGUCCUAGGGAAGAUCAGCGGAUCCGACGAGAUGGAGUCGAGUGACGAGUCGCAGGAUGCGGAGGAGGCGAAGCCGCCGCGCCCCGCCACCCGACCCAAGACCAGACUCAGGAUCAAAACUGCAGGUCGCGAGCGGGGGGGCGAGGCGCGGGGGGGCGCGGCGCGGGACUGGGACCACAUCCGCGACGAGGUCGAGGGAGACUCGCAGUCCGACUCCGACUUAUCGGAUCGGGAGAUCUACGACCCCCAAGCCCGGUGGUCCCGAGCGCGGACCCGCCCCACCACUCGGACCCUGGCCGCCGCUGACGACGAAGACUUCGCCGAUCUAGCACAAGGAGGCGAACGUGAUGAUGGAGACUCUCUGGGCAGUUCGUCGGAGAGCGAGCUAAGGCUGACGAGUGCCGCCCCUGCACUCAGCGACAACGAAUUUUAGUCUUAUAGGUUACUAGCUGGUAUUUUGUAGUAUGAAAUGUUUAUAAGUAUAUGUGUGACCCACAGUGUGAUCCUAAGAAGAAGACGCUGUACCAGAAUUCAAGUAUUCUUUUUAGGUUUUCGUGCUUUUACACCUAUCACGUGCUUGUGAAAUAUUUCUUAAAACUAUGUUUAAUGUUAAAUAAUGAAUAAAAAGAUUUGUCCACAAGAUAUAUCAAUUUGCGUAUUUCCUUGUGAUUAAUGUUUAACGCGUUCCGGUUUCUAGGAAGGGACAGACGUUG